AUGAUACAGGGGGCCGACCGUAGAUCUGGGGGAUGUAUAAUGAUGUUACAGGUGGCCGACCGUAGAUCUGUGGGAUGUAUAAUGAUGAUACAGGGGGUCGACCGUAGAUCUAUGGGAUGUAUAAUGAUGAUACAGGUGAACGACCGUAGAUCUGUGGGAUGUAUAAUGAUGUUACAGGUGACCGACCUUAGAUCUGUGGCCGACCGUAGAUCUGUAGGAUGUAUAAUGAUGUUACAGGUGAACGACCGUAGAUCUGUGGGAUGUAUAAUGAUGAUACAUGGGGCCGACCUUAGAUCUGUGAGAUGUAUAAUGAUGGUACAGGUGGCCGACCGUAGAUCUGUGGGAUGUAUAAUGAUGUUACAGGUGAACGACCGAAGAUCUGUGGGAUGUAUAAUAAUGAUACAUGGGGCCGACCUUAGAUCUGUGAGAUGUAUAAUGACGAUACAGGUGAACGACCGUAGAUCUGUGGGAUAUAUAAUGAUGAUACAGUUGGCCGACCUUAGAUCUGUGGGAUGUAUAAUGAUGUUACAGGUGAACGACCGUAGAUCUGUGGGAUGUAUAAUGAUGUUACAGGUGACCGACCGUAGAUCUGUGGGAUGUAUAAUGAUGUUACAGGUGGCCGACCGUAAAUCUGUAGGAUGUAUAAUGAUGAUACAGGGGGCCGACCUUAGAUCUGUGGGAUGA